GGUGGCAACACAGUUCUUUCCUUGCCAAGGACUUUACCUGUUCAUCAUCUACACGCAGCCAACUCUCACCUCUGAUCUCACUAUUUCCCUUACUUCUUCUUUACCAUUCCUAACUUCACCCUAAGUCGCUCCUACCAUCACAUUCAAAUCUCCACUACUUCCCGCACAUCAUCAUGUCUGCACUAAAGCCCAACCAACCCGAAACCCUUCUGGGGCUGAGUAUGGCCGAAGCGCGGAUGAUCAUUCUUGGUGUGCUGAGUUCCGAUAAAUCUGGCAAAGUUGACUUUGAUAAGAUGGCCGUCAAGGGAGGCUACAAGAACGCUCAAUCUGCCAGUACUCUCUAUCACAAGGCCAAGCGUAGGCUUUUCGAUAUCCAUAAUAACCCGGCCGAUCAAGAAGCCGGUACCUCUAUCAGUCCUGCAAAGGAAUCCGCUUCCACCACCGCUACUCCCAAGAAAACGCCCGCAAAGCCUGGCAAAGACAAGGCUGUCGCCGAUGAUGACAACACUGGUGCUAUCGACACUACUCCGACUCCUUCCAAGGGGAAGCGACAGAAGACGGCAGCGACCCCGAAGACCCCGAAGACCCCUCGCUCUGUGCCGAAGGCUGUGAAGACAGAGGUUCCAAAAUCUGGAGGCGCCACUACUCCCACUCCGGCCGAAGGCAAAGUCGCCGUGAAGAAGGAAGAACACGACACGGAGCUCGAAAACAGUACCGUCAAGGAGGAGUUGAAGUCUUCUGAUGACGAGGAACUUAUGAGUACCAGCCAGAUGAGUGCAGAGUUCUCUGGCAUGGGACAGCGCCCAGAUACUCCCAAGUAAAUGUGUCUGACUUGAAGAGUUGGAAAAAAUGCACAGCAGUCUCUUAUGGGAAAAUCGUGACAUGGAUGGAAUGAAAGGAAUGAAUAAGCGGUUUUCCUUGGUAUGAUAUGGUUAUGGGGAUGGGCUGUCUAUUCUUCGGUGGCCACGGCGAUAUUGCAGUUGAACUGCGUUCUACAUCAGUGGUGUCAGAUCCGGAUUCAAUGAGAUCUUCAAGGAAUUUGGAAAAUGGAACACGUAUCAGAGGAAAUCCCAUAUAGGUUAAGUAGCGAACUUCAGGACC